UGCUUACCCAGAGAGAGUCAUUUCUCUAUUCCUACAACAUCAAUAAGGAGUUUAGGUUUGCAAUAGUUGGGGGAAGUAUGUGUGAUCCAAGCCCUAGGAAAUUUGCUUUGCUAGUGACUGGGGUUCUAAACCCACAAUUUACCAGCCGUUAUGGAACCGUUACACAAAUAUUUGAAAGGUUUCUAAAGGAGGCGGGUGAAGUAUGGGAUACCUUUCUGGUGGCUAAUGGAGAUUUCUCCUUCAUGGAUGGCAUUGAUGACUACUCAGGCUUUGUGGUCACAGGAAGUCAAUUUGAUGCUCAUGCCAACGAUCCAUGGAUCCUUCAACUUUGCCAAACCCUCAAAUGUUUGCACCAUAUGAAGAAGAAGAUUCUUGGCAUAUGUUUUGGCCACCAGGUUUUGGCUCGUGCAUUGGGAGGUUCAACAGGAAGAGCUCCAAUUGGAUGGGAUCUUGGGUUAUCCACCGUUAAUCUCGAAACUAUGAGAAUCUACGAGCUGUUCGGGUUAGACCUAACUUCACAAGUAAAAGUUAUUGAGAUCCAUCAAGAUCAGGUGAAGCGCCUUCCUCCUGAUGCUUUGAUUCUUGGAUCUUCUCAUAAAACAAGGGUAGAGAUGUUUUCAAUUGGAGACCAUGUUCUUGGUAUCCAAUCCCAUCCUGAGCUUACAAAGGCAUUUGUAAGAGACAGAACAAGUGAUCUCCUUGUACGGAACGAAAUUAGUGCUGAAUUUGCAAAGGAAACUAUCCAAAGUAUUGAACAAGGGGAAUUGGACCAAGUUGUGAUGAAAAAGUUGUGCAAGACCUUCUUGAAAGGGCAUUCAUAAGAUGGUCACUCAGUGGUAUCUUUUUUAGGUAGUUUAGUGGUAGGAAUUGAACUUGAGCAUCAAGUGUGUAAAAUAAAAUGCUUGUCAUAUGCUACUUGUUUUCAAAUUUCAAACAAUGGGUGCUUAUGAUCAUUUGAGGAUGAUCAUUUCAACUUUGUAUGUUUUUCAUAUUUUUAAAGUACAAGGGAGUUCCUGAAACUGGGGCACAACUUUCGUUC